AUGGUGGUGACCGCACGACAGAUCCCUCGGGAUGGCGAGAAGCUCACCAAGUCCGAUGCGGCUAUGGACGAGGCUCGACUGGAAUCAGCACUUGGCCACAAGCAAGAACUGGUUCGAAAUUUCGGAUUGUGGAGUUUGACCAGUCUGGGGAUUGUCAUUGCAAAUUCGUGGGCUUCAACCGGGGGCACAAUCGUUGCGGCACUUCAAAAUGGUGGCCCAAUGGCCGUCCUUUACGGGUUGAUUGUAGUCAGUGUCUUUUACACGGCGAUUUCAGCAUCUCUAGCCGAACUAGCAUCGUCCAUGCCUUCGGCUGGUGGUGUUUACUACUGGUCGUCAGUUUUGAGCCGCAGUCGAGGCAAAACAGCAGGCUUUUUCACUGGAUAUUUGAAUGCUUGCGCCUGGCUGCUAUCCGCCUCUUCGAUGAGUUCAAUGCUAGGCAAUGAAGCGGUCGCCAUGUAUCUGCUUCAUCAUACAACCGUGAAGUGGCAGGCUUGGCAAGUCUUUAUCGUUUUCCAGAUCGUCAACUGGACAUGCUGUGCUAUUGUAUGUCUAGGGAAUCGAUAUAUCCCGCUUCUCAACCGCCUCGCUCUCACUUUGUCAAUGUGUGGACUCGUCACGACUGUGAUUGUUCUUGCAGUGAUGCCGAAGAAACAUGCGAGCAGUAAGCAGGUGUGGGUUGAGUAUCACAACAACACAGGUGGAUGGUCAGAUGGGGUUUGCUUCAUGACUGGACUACUCAACGCUGCAUUUGCAGUCGGCGUUCCCGACUGUAUCAGUCAUCUAUCCGAAGAGGUACCCAAGCCCGAGACCAAGGUUCCCCAAGGCAUAAUGCUACAAAUGCUCACAGCGUUCAUCACAUCCUUUGUCUACCUGAUCGCAUUAUUUUACUCAAUUCAAGAUCUCGAUGCAGUCUUCACAAGCAACAUUGUGGCCUUCCCAACAGCCGAAAUCUACCGACAAGCAACUGGAUCUAAUGGAGGUGCUAUCGGCCUGAUUGCUGUACUAUUUCUCGCAACCUUCCCAACAUUGAUCGGAACUUUCGUGACAGGUGGUCGAAUGUGGUGGAGUCUCGCCCGCGACAACGCGACGCCAUUCUCAAGUUAUUUUGCUCACGUACACCCCACGCUGAACUGCCCGGUUCGCGCCACAGUUGCCAUGAGUGCACUUGUGACUUGUCUGGGAUGCAUAUACAUUGGCAGUACAACAGCCUUCCAGGCGCUGAUUUCGUCAUUCAUUGUUCUCAGCUCACUCUCUUACUUCGGCGCAAUAUUCCCACACGUCCUAUCUGGUCGUCGAAAUAUGGUUCCUGGACCGUUUUAUAUGGGACAGAAUCUCGGCAUGGCAGUUAACAUUGUUUCUUUGGUGUACAUUAUUGUGACUGUGGUUUUCUUCUGCUUCCCCCUCGUUCUGCCAGCCACGGUUCAAAACAUGAACUACACUAGUGUCAUCAUUGUUGGGCUGAUGGUUCUGACUGCUUUAUGGUGGCUAUUUCGUGGAAGACGCCAGUAUCACGGCCCCCAUUACAGUUUUGAGGCUGCUGAGCGGUUGGCAGCGUUCCAAGAAGGCAAACAAGGUCGCCGUUCUUUUAUUGAUGUUGUGGAUGGAUCGCCUGCUGGCUGUGUUGAGCAUGGCUCAAGAACUAAAUGA